AUGUCAGAUAAUUCUGCUGCAGAAAAGAGAAAAAGAUCGAGAGCUGAUAGGGACCACCGUGAUGCUGACGAAGACAUCACUGAUGUUUCCUCUGGCGAGGAAGAAGUAGUUGAUUCAUUAGGUGAGGAUGAAGAUAUAGAUUCUGAAGAUGAAUUUCAAGGUGAGAACCCUGCCGAUAAAAGAAGACGUCUAGCUAAACAAUAUCUGGAAAAUUUGAAGGCAGAAGCCAAUGAAAUUGAUACAGGUCUAGACAACGUCGAAGAAGGUACCACUGUUAGAGAAGUGGAUGAAUAUAACAACUUCGAUGCUGCAGAUCUAGAUAGAGAUAUUAUUGCAGCUAGAUUAAAACAAGAUGUAGCUGAACAGAAGGGACGUGUCUUUAGAUAUGUUGGCGAUAAGCUAUUAAUUCCAGAAGCCACCAUCUCUUUUACGAGAGUAGGAGAUAAAAAUUUGACCAGUAUGAGUUGUCACCAGUCUGAGCUUAAUAAAUUUGAUGCUGAAGUUGAACAAAGUAAAUUGAAUGGCUCUACGAAGAAAUUAGGUAAAAUAUUUGCCUAUACUGUUAGUAAAGAUUUGUGUUUAACGAAGUAUGAUAUAUCAGAUUUUUCCAAGAGACCUCAAAAAUUAAAACACGUGAAAGGUGGUGUUAGAUUUAUUCCUAAAUCAAAUAUUGAAAUCGAAAACACAACCGAGGGCCAUUAUGAUGAAAUCCUUGCUGUUGCCGCAUCUCCAGAUGGGAAAUAUGUUGUAACUGGUGGUAGGGAUAAAAAAUUAAUUGUAUGGAGUACAGAAUCAUUGGCACCAAUUAAGGUUAUUCCAACAAAAGAUCGUCGUGGCCAAAUUAUGUCAAUGACUUUUAGAAAAAAUUCUGAUCAAUUAUAUGUAUCGUGCGCAGAUUAUAAAAUUAGAACAUAUUCCAUCAAUCAAUUUUCACAAUUGGAAAUUUUAUAUGGUCAUCAAGAUGCUGUAGUAGACGUUUCAGCACUAGGUAUGGAAAGAUGUGUGACAGUCGGUGCUCGUGACAGGACGGCUAUGUUGUGGAAGAUCCCAGAUGAAACCAGACUUACAUUUAGAGGUGGGGAAGAUUCUGAAAAACUAUUGAGAAGGUGGAUGAAAGCCAAUGCAAUUGAAAAAGAAGAUGGAGAAAUUGAGUACCCAGAUCAAAGUGAAGCACCAGUCUUCCAUACAGAAGGUAGUAUCGAUGUUGUUAGUAUGAUUGAUGAUUCACACUUUAUUACAGGAUCUGACAACGGUAACUUGUCUCUAUGGUCAAUUGCUAAAAAGAAACCUAUACAUAUAGAAAGGGCGGCACAUGGUGUAAUGGAAGGCCCAACUGUUGACACCAUAUCUGGCGAAACCAAGGAAGAUGUAAAAAUAAGACAACUACAAAAUAAAAAGUUAAAACAUCCGUAUUGGAUUACUGCUAUCUAUGCCAUUCCUUAUUCAAAUACAUUUAUUUCUGGUUCCUGGAACGGUAGUCUGAAGGUUUGGUCACUAGAAGAGAACAUGAGAUCAUUUAAGCUAAUUGGAGAAUUACCUAAUUGUAAAGGUAUCGUAACUAAGAUACAAGUUGUCGAGAGUGGGAAACGUGAUAAAGAAAUAUUCCGUGUCUUAGCCAGUGUGGCCAAAGAACAUAAACUAGGUAGAUGGGUUCAAAAAGUUCCUGAAGCCAGAAAUGGUAUAUACUCUGCCACUAUCCAACAAACUGGGUUUUGA